GAUGCUCUCCGCCGUGCACCCUGCGUCCGGCAACGAGCUGACACAACCAAGAGGUGAAAGAAGACACACCACCCAGCAACAUGACUGCACCCAGCAACACCUACGAUGUUAUAGUGGUCGGCGCGGGCAUAUCAGGUUUGAGUGCUGCAAAGCUGUUGAAAGCCAGUGGGCUCGAUCCUGUAGUGUUGGAAGCCAGAGACCGGGUUGGUGGUCGUACCUUCACUGUGCAGAAUAAGGAGGCAAAGUGGGUUGAUCUAGGCGGUGCCUACAUUGGACCGACACAGAACCGCAUCCUCCGUCUGGCCAAAGAGUAUGGCAUAAAGACCUACAAAGUCAACGAGCAGGAGAACUUGGUGCAUUAUGUUAAUGGAAAGUCUUACCCGUUCAAAGGCUCCUUGCCUCCCAUGUGGAACCCCAUCGCUUUGAUGGACUUCAACAACCUCUUUAGAACAAUGGAUAAGAUGGGCGAGGAGAUUCCCAGAGACGCUCCCUGGAGAGCUCCCCAUGCUGAGGAGUGGGACAAGAUGACCAUGCAGGAACUCUUUGAAAAACUCUGCUGGACCAGAACUGCUCGUCGCUUCGCCACACUGUUUGUCAACGUAAACGUGACCUCUGAACCCCACGAGGUGUCGGCUCUCUGGUUCCUCUGGUACGUCAAACAGUGCGGAGGGACAAUGAGGAUCUUCUCCACCACCAAUGGAGGACAGGAGAGGAAGUUUGUAGGGGGUGCGAAUCAGGUGAGUCAGUGCAUGGCGAGGGAGCUGGGAGACCGAGUGAAGCUGCAGUCUCCAGUCUACAGGAUCGACCAGACCGGAGACAUGGUUGUGGUGGAGACCGUGGACAAGCAGACCUACAAGGCCAAGUAUGUGAUCGUGGCCACACCACCUGCUUUGAAUCUGAAGAUGCACUUCAACCCUGAGCUGCCCCCACUGAGGAACCAGCUGAUCAACCGUGUUCCCAUGGGCUCUGUCAUAAAGUGCAUGGUCUACUACAGAGAGAACUUCUGGAGGAAAAAGGGUUACUGCGGCAGCAUGGUGAUAGAGGAGGAGGGUGCUCCCAUCGGUCUCACCCUGGAUGACACAAAGCCUGAUGGGACUGUACCUUGUAUUAUGGGAUUCAUCCUUGCCCACAAGUGCAGAAAGCUCUCAAGCCUGUCCAAGGAAGAAAGGUUGAGGAGGAUCUGUGAGAUCUACUCCAAAGUGCUGGGCACAGAUGAGGCUUUGCAUCCGGUGCACUAUGAGGAGAAGAACUGGUGUGAAGAGGAGUACUCUGGAGGCUGCUACACAGCCUAUUUCCCCCCAGGAAUCCUUACUCAGUUUGGCAGAGUGCUGAGAGAGCCGGUGGGCAAGUUGUACUUUGCAGGCACAGAGACGGCCACCGAAUGGAGUGGCUACAUGGAGGGGGCCGUACAAGCUGGAGAGAGAGCAGCCAGAGAGGUCAUGUGUGCGAUGGGUAAACUCCAACCUAAUCAGAUCUGGCAACCUGAGCCUGAGAACGAUGAAAUCCGGGCACUCCCGUUUGUUACCACCUUCUGGGAGAGAAACCUGCCUUCGGUUGAUGGUUUCCUCAAAUUCUUAGGAGUCUCCACAUUCCUGUCUGCUGCCACCGCAGCUGGCUUGGUGGCCUACAAGAAGGGCAUCAUCCCCCGGAGUUAAACCACCCUGUCGUCUCACUCCUCCACAUCUCAAGGGAACACGUCUCAAUAGACACUUGUGUACUUCUAGUGCUUUAUGGGCCCAAACUACAGAGUAGUGACCUACAUAGGGUAUACAUUGUUUUUUGAGAAACACCGUGAUGUGAGAAGGACUGCUCAGCUCAUGCAAAAACACUAACACACUGUUACUCUGUCCACAAACGAAAGAGAGAAUGAAGCAGGUGAGAAGGGCUGACUGAAAGGUGUUUGAGAGGAGGGACGAAAGCCUAACUUCAGUUUAAAACAUGCAGACUCAGAUUGUGAAACCAAUGAAGGAAAAAAGAUCAGAAUCAGUUCGUAAGGGGAAACCUUCUCUGUCACUAUUACUAUCCCAUACAAUGCCAAUGAAAUCCACUGUGUCGAUUAUAUGUGAGUUUAUAAAAGUCGCCAUGCUUACUGUGUGUAUGAGCCUCGUCUGUGUCGCAUGCUUCGGUGAGCAUGCGUUCGUGAGCGUGUGGUCAUCAAAGUUUCUGUACAAAGUUGCGAGCGCGUGUGCAUGAGUUUACACUGUGUGUCUAAUUACCGCUGCCUAUUUUAGGUGCCAAUUUAUUCUGGCCAAGCAGCCGUAGCUGUUUGACGAAAUCCAGUGACUUCAGAAGAGAAAAGAGCACCUAAAGUGAGUUGGUACUGCGUGAAAUGGGCAAUGUUGUUUCUCUUAAAUUUUAAUUUUAUUUAAAUCCCAAAGUGCAAAUUAUGUGCCCUAAUAUGAAAUUACUGAAUUCGUAUAGCUAAUUGUCUCCUUCAUGGUGACUCCUUUCAUAUAAAUCCUCUGUUUAAACUAUAGUAAGUCUUAGGUAUCAGCAAACACGGGCUACCAAAUAUGGCCACCAAAAAUUAAGACGGUGCCAGUCUAAGUACUGAACCCAUAAAUUUAAUUGGUAAUCCAUAAACUAAUGGUGACAAUAAUGAUUAUUAUAAAUAAUUAUUAAACACUUCUCAGUUAUAGUUACUUGUUGUUUUAACUCUUUACCCGCUUGUAUAAAUCGACCAGGAGUGACCUUGAAUGCUUCAGGCUUAUAGAACAAAACGACUGGUGUGCAUCAUAAGUUAGUGCGGGUGGUCUCUCCCUGUGCAACUAGACUUAGAAAAACCCAGAAACUGUUCUGAUUGUCUUCAAACCACAACUUUAUUGAUAUAUGCUGAGGUGUCAAAACUCAUCAUCAAGGCUACAAAGGGGAUGUCGUCAGUGUCUCUUUAUGGAGUAAAGAGUUAAAGUUUAUCCAGACUGAACACAGAGCAGGUACAGAUGUUCAACAAAUAGUUAUGUUUUCUAUAUUUUUAAUCUUCAAGUAUACCAAAUUUUUCAUAUCCAUAGAUAAAAGUGUGCACGUUUUAUUAAUAAGAGCUCAGAAGUGGGGCUAGAAGGUGAAUGCAGCUUAGCUUUUUGUGACUUCUCAAACAAUCUAGUUUUUUCCUGUAGUUUCUCUUCAACAGGAACUCUAGGCUCACGUACAUAAGCCAGGAAGUGGUAAGACAGACCAGUUCACUGUUAGAAUUUGUGGGAUUUGUUGACAGACAAAAAGAAAAACUCAUCCUAAGAAUGAGAAGAGUCAGCCUUAUUCUUUUAAUGGAAAUGUAGUGGUGUCCAGCUGCUAGUGUGGUAAUCUAUCGAUCAGUAUGACGGAAGCAUUUGAAUGUAUUUUCCUCACACUAGAUAACACAUGCAUGGUGGUUUUGCUAAGGUAAUCACAUUUUUCACUUGUGUAUUUUUACCUUUUCACAUUCUCACUUCAGAUAAACACGAUCCCACCGGCUCUAAGGCGUCCUUGUAACAACUGUUUUGAUUUGUUUAGGAAAAAGGAAACUGUCUUUUAGAGAAACUUUAAAGAAAUGACAUUCUUGCUGAAAAACUGACUCGCUGCAACAAAGGUUUAAGUACUGGCUGCUCAGCAAGCAGUGUCAUCAGCAAUCAUUUGUCCGGGUAAAAUCAUUUGUCGGGGGUGUAGAUGUGAAAGCCAACCUGCUGCACAGUCCUCUGUGUGCAGCUCUUUAUGCCCACUACAAGAAUCAUGCUGUUCUUGUCCCAAAGAUGUUUGUGAGUGUAGUUUAUCUGUUGUGCCUUAAUGGAAAUUGUAACGUUUUUGUCAUUUUAUCGCAAGUGCCUGUGACUCUGACACUCUCAGCCCUCAUCCCUCUUUCCCUCCCCCGCCUGCUCCGGAGGUGAGAGGUCAGAUGGACCAGGUCAUCGGUUCAAGGCAUCAUCUGCGCUCAUUAACAGGGGUCAGCAUUGUGUUCAAGUGUAUCCGAAAACCUUUCAUUUUAAAAGUUCCCCUUACCUGAGUUAUGUCCUCACUGCAAACUUGACUCAGGUAAAGCCGGGUGUAAAAACACAGCAUCAGAGCUCAGACUGUUGAGGUGAUCCCUCUGCUUAUCUCUGUGUCCGUGUGUGCUUCGUGUUGUCCCUGCAGCGCUUCUUCCCUCGUUGUGGUGUCCCUCUCCCGUCUGACCCUCAGUCCCAGUGCAGGUUUUAUGUGCAGUUCUAGAAGUAAUGAUUGAAUAAUAAUGUCACUUUUUGAACCAUCACUAAAAGUGUUUGAGUUUAUGGUUGGCUGAACAAACAAAGCCAGCAAAUUCCAUCCACCCUGUAGAAAAACAACAACAACAAACUACAGCACUCACAACAAACCAUCAGCAGACGUGAUGCAGCGUUAUUCAUUAUGGGGUUUUUCUGGAGAUACCCCCCUUCCUUUGUCCCUCUGUGCAUAUGAGCCUUCUUAACUAUUCCUGUGACCUGCUCUUUGAUGUCUUUGAUUCCUCAUACAAAGCUGGUGAUAUUUAACAAAAUGUGAAAUAAAUCUUUUACUCGCCUUAACCUGA